CUGCAAAUUUAUAGGUUAGGAGUGGGAGUGUCAUAAUUUUCGAUUUUUUUUAUUUUUCUGUUGACAUUUUUCCAAGUAGCAAAAUAAAAACAUCGCAAAAAUGAUGGACGAAAUGUUACUGCAAGAGAGACUGGACCAAUUCAAACCGGAACCACUCAUUGAAAACGACAUAGAUAGUACCAAAGAAAACAUUGAAUCUUAUGUCAUACAAGAAGAUGAAAAUAACAUUGAUUUGGCUAAAACGAACUUCCUGAAUUUAUUGAAUAAUGAGGAAAUCCAAAAAUCCUGUGAGGGCAUCAUAAGAAAAUAUGGAGUAGGAACAUGUGGGCCCAGAGCUUUUUAUGGCACUACUGAUGUCCAUUUGAAGCUAGAACAGUGCAUUGCAGACUUUCUAGGCAUGGAAGAAUCCAUAGUUUACUCCUAUGGAUUUGUAGCAAUUUCCAGUUCAAUUGCAGCUUAUUGCAAAAAGAAAGAUAUUGUCUUUCUUGACAAAGAAGCAAACUUUGCAAUACAACAAGGGGUAUUGGCAGCUAAAUCCAAGGUAGUAUACUUUGACCACAAUGAUCCAAAGAGUUUCAGAAAUGAAGUAGAAAAAGUGACAAAAACAGAGAGGAAACCCACUAGGAAAUUCCUCAUUGUUGAAGGAGUAUCUUGGAAGACAGGCAAGCUACUACCUUUGGAAGAAUUCCUCAAAGUGACAGAAGAUCACAAGAUAAGGAUCUUCCUGGAAGAAACAUACUCCAUAGGCAUUUAUGGAGAUGAAGGUAAAGGUUUGACAGAACAUUUCAAUAUCCACCCAAGUCGUCUGGAUAUGAUCAUUGCUACUCUGGAAUCAGCUAUAGGCUCCAUAGGUGGUUUUUGUGCUGGUUCUCAGAUGACCAUUGAACACCAGCGUCUCUCUGGUUCUGGUUACAUCUUUUCUGCCUCUCUGCCAACAUUUCUCGUGCAAGCUUGCAUGGAAUCCAUCAAGUGUUUUGGGGACAAGCCAAAAAAACUCAGGAGUUUCGCAAGAGAAUUCCAUGGCUUUCUAGAGGAAAAUUGUGGGUUUAUUGUUGAGAGUGAUCCAGAUAGUGCCUUCAAAGUGUUCACAGUAUCAAAUGAGAAAUUCAGGAGAGAGGGAGAAGAGAUGAUUCAUAGGUAUUGCAAGGAUAAGGGGGUGCAUUUUAUUGUGAAGGAAAAUGGGUUGUUGAUAAACUUGAAUGUGGUGCUGUGUGAUGAUGAAGAGAAGCUCCAGAGAAUCUAUCAUGCCAUAAAAACUGCUUCAAGUCUUUUUGAAACCUCAUUCCACUGAAGUACCUGCACAUCACAUAAUAAUUAUUUAUGCUAUUUGAAAUAAUUUGUAAAGUGUUAUUUUUGAGCUUAUAUUUUAUAAUAAAGUAUUAUUGUGAUUAUGAA